AUGAGCAAAAGUCAGUCCCAGAAAUCUAACAACCAAGAAGUAGAAGAUGAAGGAGAGAGUGUCAGUCAGAGUAGUGGCAAUGCCAUUUGGACCGAGAUCAAAACUACAGCCCUUAUCAGCUACAUCAAGAAACAUUGCACACAAGGAGGGGACAGCCUCAACUUUAGGAGGGCAUUUUGGCCAGGGGUGGCAGCUGACAUUGCACCUCUCCUUGCGAAAGGACCAGCAAAAAGUGCUAAUUGCUGUGGUUCAAAAUGGGGCAGGCUCCGUACCAAAUAUAAUGAAAUCAGUGCAAUUGCAAACUUAUCUGGUGUACCAUGGGACAACAAACUAGAGCUGAAUAUACUUGACAAAAGUGAGGCGGUCUGGGCAGAAAUUGUUGAGAAAAAUCCGAGAGCAAAAGCAUACAAGAGGGAGGUGUUAUGA